GGAGACCAGGCUCCGGCGAGCCGAGCCCUCCGGGCGCUGACCGCCGGCGGUCAUGGAGGACGAGCAACCCGACAGCUUGGAGGGCUGGGUGCCGGUCCGCGAGGACCUGUUCGCCGAGCCCGAGCGGCACCAGCUGCGCUUCCUCGUGGCCUGGAACGACGUGGAGGGCAAGUUCGCUGUGACUUGUCACGACCGCACGGCGCAGCGGCGGCGGCGCGAGGGGAGCCAGCCCGGGCCCGAGCUGGUGUCUGAGCCCGUGUCUGAGGCCGCCGCGCCCCCGCCCAGCUGGGCAGGCCUGCUCUCGGCCGCCGGGCUCCGCGGCGCGCACCAGCAGCUGGCGGCGCUGUGGCCGCCGCUGGAGCGCUGCUUCCCGCGGCUUCCGCCGGAGCUGGACGCGGGCGGUGGCGGGGCCUGGGGCCUGGGGCUCGGGCUGUGGACGCUGGUAUGGCCGGCGCGCACGGACCUCGGCGAGGCGGCGCUGCAGGAGCUGUGCGGGCAGCUGGAGCGCUACCUGGGCCAGGCGGCCGACGGCUGCGGCGGCGUCGCGGUGCGCGACGCGCUCUUCCCCGCCGAGGGAUGCGCGGCCGACUGCGAGAGCCUGCGCGAGUUCCGGGAGCGGGUCCUGCACGCGCGGCGGGACGAGGCGGGGGCGCGGCUGCGCCAGGUGCUUCAAGGGCAUGAAAAAGCCAACACCAUGGUAGCAUUAAUGAAAGUGUAUCGAGAGGAAGAUGAAGCAUACCAGGAAUUAGUUACUGCGGCAACCAUGUUCUUCCAGUAUUUACUGCAGCCAUUCAGGGAUAUGCGAGAACUUGCAACUUCAUGUAAGCUUGCUAUUUUGAAGUCCUUGGAUGAGGAUGGUCUGGGUCCUAAAAGGAUGGUUGCCCUGCAGAAGGAAGCCCAAGAAUGGACCAGACGGGCUGAAGAAGCUAUAGUCUCAAUUCAGGAUAUUACAGUGAAUUAUUUUGAAAAAACAGUAGAAGCGUUAGCAGGAAUGCAGAAACAAAUGGCACAGGAUGAGAAGAGAUUUGGCCAGGCUGCCUGGGCCACAGCAACUCCUAGGUUAGAAAAACUCAAGCUGAUGUUAGCUCGGGAGACUCUGCAACUCAUGAGAGCCAAAGAGUUGUGUUUCAGUCACAAAAGAGCUGAAAUUCAGGGAAAGAUGGAAGAUCUUCCAGAACAAGAAAAAAAAAUAAAUGUUGUAGAUGAAUUAGAAAUACAGUAUUAUGAAGUUCAGUUAGAACUAUACGAGGUUAAAUUUGAGAUAUUAAAAUAUGAAGAAAUACUGCUUGUUACACAGUUGGACUCUAUUAAAAGACUUAUAAAAGAUAAACAGGAUGAAGUUAUCUAUUAUGAUCCAUGUGAAAAUCCAGAGGAACUUAAAGUCAUGGAUCGUGUAAUGGGGCUGCAGGAUGAUAAGAAUCUGGAGGUGAAGGAACUCAGCCGGCAGUGCCAGCAGCUGGAAUCUAAACGGGGCAGGAUCUGUGCCAGAAGAGCCCGUCUCAGGAACAGAAAGGAUCAAUGCAAAGAAAAUCAUCGACUCAGAUUGCAACAGGCUGAAGAAAGCAUAAAAUAUUUUCAUCAGCAUCAUAGCGUUCAGAGGAAAAGAGACCAGAAAAAAGAGGAGGAGCAAGAGAAAAAAGAAUGGAUAAACCAAGAGCGCCAAAAAACACUCCAACGAUUGAGAGCAUUUAAAGAGAGAUGUCCAGGUCGCUCUGUCCUAAAGAGCUCUCGCUCACAACCUGUGGCUCCACACCUGCCGAGUGGACUUCCCCGGCAGACAUUCCCGCCGACUUCUCAGAUGACGGCGGUGAUCCAUCCGUCCUCUAGGAAAACCAGCAGCACUCCCUUAUCUGAAGUUAGUAAUGUGAUAACCCCUGAGCAUGAAGACUGUGCUAGAAACAUCCCUGUUCAGACUUUUGUUCCAGUUGGUGCCCAUACACACUGCAGAUCAAGUGAGGAGUUGUCACUGCCACCACCACCACCACCACCGCCACCACCACCGCCACCGCCGCCACCACCGCCGCUGCCCCUUCCUGCUCCGCCCUUUUCUUCUCAAUCUGCAAAUCAUCAGAAUUCACACUUCAGGACUUCAGCGAAAGAUGAUCAGCCGCUUCCUCUAGUGUGUGAAUCGCCCGCUGAGAGCCCAUGUGGUUCCUCAGACAGUCUUAGCUGCCCAGGGUCGAUGGAUGAAGUGCUGGCCUCCUUAAGGCAUGACAGGGCCCCUCUCCAGAAGGUGCAAGCUCCCACUUUGUCCCCUCCCCGUGCCUCAGUCAAUGAGCACAUUCUGGCUGCCAUAAGGCAAGGGGUCAAACUGAAGAAAGUUCACCCUGACCUUGGCCCGAGCCCCAGCAAUAAACCCACCAGCGACCUGGAGAGGAGCAUCAAGGCGGCGCUCCAGAGAAUUAAGAGAGUAUCUGCUGACUCGGAGGAGGACGAUCGUGAUGAGCAGAACCCCAGCGAGUGGGACCGUUAG